AUGGCGGGAACCGUCGAACCGCCAACGGACGUCUUACUCGAUGGCACGUCUCUGGCGUCGGACGCCAGUCAAUGGAAACUGGUGGCUCCGGGUGUAUGGGACCUGACUAGGAGUCUCGACUGGGGGGCCAUUGCUCUAGGAAGCGCCUUGAUUGGUGUCGGGGCCGAAGUGUCGCACGUGGAUGUGAACGGCAACGCGAUUACCGCGUCAGGAUCGCUAGCGAAGAUCGGAUCUCUCGAUACUGGCCUCGCAGUGCUGCCAUCCAUGUCAGGCGGCCGAUUCCAAGCCAUGUUCUCGGGGGCCGUGGCUGGGGGAGCCAAGAUCCGCAUCGCCACCAGCACCGACACCAAGGUCGGAGCCGACAAGUCUGCCCCUCUCACCCUAGCAUGCCCCUUCACAUCGAACAUCAAGGGAGUGUUCACUUGCUCCAAGUAUGUCGACGUGAAAAUCCCCGCGGGAGCUGCUACCACGGCCGGCGUCUUGGGACUGCAGAAGUUUAUGGCUGCUCUGGUGGGAGCUACCAUGUCAGGUGAUCACCUGGCGGCAACCUUCACCCUGAUAGUGAAUGGGCAGCAAGAGACCCUUUACUACGGUUUGUAG